UUUUUUUUUUUUUAUCACAACAGUAUGAUAAAUAAUCAUGUUUUCACCGGUAUAUCACUGCGGAUUUACCAUCAAACGCCUCUGCUCAAACGCCUAUUUUUGUGGCUGGAUUGUAAACCUUGUGGCAGGUGUAAAAAUGCCUGGAAACCCUUGAUAGAUCACCAAAAAGGUAAGCUUUUGAACACUUUUUAUCCCAUAGAGAUACACGGUAUAGAUCCUGAGAAGGACCUCAUGUCAUGUAGACGAUAUUGUCAUAACAGUGAGUUUUUUCUUUGUGAACCACGCCUGUAAGAAACUGUAUAGUGAUGGGCACGGCAGUUCUUUUAGAUGUACUGAAUCACUGGAAUCAGCUUACUAAAAAGAUUCGUCCAAAAGAUUCGGUCACCAAAUCACCGAAUCACUUAGUGCUUGGUGGGAGAAGUCUGCGACUCCGAACUCCUGAACUGAUACACAGCUGAACGGUUCAGGAUUCAGUUCAAUUCAUAGCUUCUGGGAUCGGGAGAGGAGAGUAUUUGGCGUGUUAAUUUGGCAAACAGGUUUGUAAAAAUGAACUUGUUUAUCAGUCAUGAUGUUUUAAGUGUACUGUCCUAUGUUAUACUAUUUAUCAGGUCUGGGGUCAGUGAGUGAUUCGUUCACUGAACGUUUAGAAGAAUUCACACUGAACAUGCACCUUUCCCUCGCAAACUGCUGCAAUGAUAGGAUGUGGUGAGUUUAAUAUAUUGCUUGUUACAUGCUGUGUCCUAUUGUAUGCAAGUUGUUGUGGUUGCAAUUUAGCAGUGAAAAAAAAAAAGAGUUUUGUCUGACGAAAAUGAUUCCAGAGAGUGUAGUUCAAUGCGUGAUUCGUUCACCAAAUGAUUCAGGCGUUGGUGCAUGCUGUCCCUCCCUCAGCUCAAUUGAAGUGGGAAACGAACAAAUCACUCGAGGGAGUGAUUCGGUUCAGUAUGUUCACUUAAAAGAUUCAGUUCUUUUGAACGACUCGCUCGCGAACGACACAACACUAAAACUGUAAGAUUUCAGAAAACUAGGGGCACCUACACUGAACUUUGUGGCACACCAAACGUAAAUACUGUUUAUCAGACUGUAUAUCAGACGGACAUAACCUCAGGUACUGAUGGUUUGACAGGACCCCCCUUUGUCCAACUGUGAGUUUUUUAAGUGGAAACGGCAAGGUUUAAAGAUGCACAUCACCACUCCAUUUCUGAGAAAUGGAGCGCUAAUGUGCAUUAGCUGCAAUUUAAAGCCUCUUAUAUAUCUCCCCUAUUUCGCUGCCUGUAAGUGCACCCACUCUCCAGAGAAGCAGCACUUCACUCUCCACUUGGCUAUUUGUAUUGUGAGUGCAUCUGAGAUUGUGCAUACCAAACUGAAUCCAAAGCAGCAGAUGGACAUAUUCAUUGUUUUAUUUUAUUGAAUACAUGUUUUGUGAUGUAUGUGUUUUUGUGUGAUCAGUACAGACUACAGCUUGGUUCAUGAAGACCUCUGCACUACAGAGCAAAAAGUAUUUUUUUGGUGUGGGAAACAUUUCAAAGCUGGGAUGUUUUGGAUUGACUUCCCCCUCAGGCUGUUAAGAUGGGAAAAAAAACGACCAAAUUAAGGAAAUAGUGACUUACCACUAAUCUCUGGUCCAACAGGAAGAGAUUCAGAAGUGAAAUAAACAAAGCAUAAGGAUUAAUAGUACACUUGUGCUUUUCUGUCUUGUAAUGUCCAGUAUGAUUGUGGACAUUGUACCGUGUUUGUAUCCUACCGACAGGCAUAUGUUGGUGCUCCCAGUAUAGAUUCAUUUUAUACUCCACACUCAUCAGAACUGAAAAUUUGAUUUCCAAAGGCGCCAAGCAAUCCAUUUUUGAUGUAAUAAUUUCUAGCUCAACCCCAGGGCAGAUAUAGGUAUAAAAAUCUGAUUUUUGUCUGUGAAUUGAGGCCAAAAGCUAAAAGGCAUCAAUUUCAGAGGUGACAAAACUCAGUUACUCUUCAAUCUCAGCAGGGACUUUGCACCUGCACUCCACUUAAUAGAUCUGGGGGGUUUCAGGCCAUUACAUCAGCCUCCCUUAAAUCGAUACGUAGUGCUUCUCUGCAGGAUUCGUGCCUGAAUGUGAUGUCAAAGCAAUUACCCCUCAUUAACAUCGGUCUUUGCCUGUUUUUUUACUCAGGUUCAAAGCACACAUUAGAUGUUAUGUCCUGGAAAACCUGCAUAUUUAGCUUAAUGCAAGACAGCCUUGUAUCAAUUUAUGGCAAGUCCAAAAGCAAUUUUUAGAGCGGGUCUCAGCUGUUAUUGGGAGAUAGGCAGGGUACACAGUCAGUCACAACUCACUCCCACAACUACAGGCAAUGUGAAGCCAACAGUUAACUCUAAUGAACGUGGAAGGAAGCCAGGAACAAGGAGAACAUGCAGACUCUGCACAGGACAGCCAGCCGUCUUUGAAAGAUGUGGAUGCCCACCUUUAUAUUUGCACAGAGUUUUCCAUGAAUGCGUCCAUAGUUUUGGUCAUGUUGACACUAUAUCAAAAGUUGAGAAGUCUGCUUUAUAGGGGGCAGCCAUUUCAUAACAUUUUAGCAUUUUUCCUCUAACACCAACUUGUCAAUUUACUUUGCUGUCAAAACAGAGCUUGCUGUUCCUUUACUGCCCAGUAGAUGUCACUAAAUGCCUCCAAGUUACAAUCUUUCAGUUUGCCUUAACGUCACCUGCCAACCUGCUCCCAGUUCCCUUUUUUAGUUUUGGAUUAUCUGCAUUUUUUGUUUGUCUUCAAUUGCAGCUUUUGACAGUGUCCCAGUAUCUCAGUGCUUGUCUCUUUGGGCUUUUUCUAUCCAACAUCUGCCCUUUCAGACUUCGUUACCCACUGUGACUCCCAGAUUCUUCAAUUCCAAGAAGAUAUUAAGAAAUAAAGGGGAAGUUUAAACCACAUAAUUCAAUUUGAAAACCAUUUUUAAGGGACUUACAUGAAAUUAGUGGAAAUUAAGGAUUUAUUCAGUUUUUCUUUUAAAAAGAUUUGUGGCUCAGCACUUUCCUCCUCUGGACGAUGAUAUCUUAACUCUAAUCCUGAGGACUUUUUCCUUAUUUUUUCACACUACUAAGUCUUCCUGUUAUUCAGUUGAUCUGACAUUAUGAUCAUUUUGCUCCUCUGAUCUGUAUAAUUAACAGUAAAUUUUGGGAAUCGUGCCCAGACCACCACACCAUGUGAAACACAGUUCCCUUGGAAAGUCUUUAUUUGACCCAACCAUGUGGCACAAAUCAGACAAUAUGAAAACUUAUAUUAUCAAUUGAAUUUUUAUUUUGAUACAAUAAGACACACAGAAAUGGGUGCAAAUACAUGAAAAACACAUCUGACAUUUGUCAGUCAUAGUAUUUAAAAUUGAUUGUGCUUUUCAUAACGAAAAACUAAGUGCAUUUAGUCCAAGCAGAGCAUUUUGCCAGAGCUGUCCAAGUCUAGCAUCACUCUGAUCUCAAAAAGCACUUGUUUAAUCCAAUAUCCAUCUUUAAAGAGUGUUCAGUUGUUUCAAAUGUCUCUGCUCAACUCCAUCUUGGUUGUCGGUCACUUUCACAUGUGAGAUUUAAAGGUAGGUCUAUCAGGUGUGCAAAAAUGAAAACUUAAAAAAUAGAUAUCUAAAAAAAAAAACUUCUUUAAAAACACAAAUAAAAGGAAUUUAAAAGACUAAGAAACAUACAAAAAUCAGUUGAUAAUAAAAAAAGGGACCGAUUAUUCAAAGAACUUAAAAAGUAAAGUGACUUUUUUUAAUUGGUAACACAGAUGUUUCCCAAUGAUUUUAGACACCAAGCUUAACCGUGAGGCUCCACUUCAGCUUCCACUAGUGUGUUAAACAAGUCUCUUUCACUAGAGGCCUUUAGGCCGCCAUCCAGAUGGUGAAUGAGAUGAGCACAGUCAGUAAAACUGUCAGCGGUGUCGCACAGCCCACAUACAGCAUGGCUCCUACGCCGCACAGUGCCGUGAAAUAAGAGCUCAUCCUGCUGCAGACAAUCUUCCUCACUGCUGUGCAAAACUGUGAGGGAGCAGAGAGAAAGAGAAGGUGAUUUCGACUGAAGUAAAAUAAAAGUCUUUCUGUCCCUCAUAUGGACUCAUUACAGUAAGAAGUAAGCUACCACUAGAGGAAGCUGCCCCCCUCAUAAAUGAGUAAAUUUAGACUCGAGUGGACUGAAGCAAACAAAAGCAUAUUUAUGACUUUAUAUCAUUCAGUCUGAUUUUAGCAUGAAAUAAGCCAGAUGAGAAAUAAAGCUGCAAAUGUAAUAUAAAAGCUCAAAAUCAUAUUUUGACCUGCUCCUAAUCUGUUAAAUUCUAAUUUGUCCAGUAAUCUGUUUUAUAUUUGAUCAAGACGAAUGACCAAUGGUUAUGUCAAUGUUUCACGUGUCUUGGACAAAAACAUGUGACAUCUAUCACACUAUAAUCUUCGGUAUAUAAAAAUAGAGACGUGUGAAGUAUUGAGGAAUUAAAGAUUCCUGUGGAUUCAGGGUUUAUAAAUAAAUCUCUGAAUAGAAGCUCAAAUUAACAGUCAUGUGAAGGACUUUUAUUCAACAAGCUUUUCAACGUUAUGCAACAGUCUAUAAAGAGUCAUUAAGCAAAACUUUGAGUUCGUCAGCAAAAAACUGAGUUAUACAAGAUGCAAAGUGCCUCCAUUUUCUAAGAUCUGCUUUUAAAGGAAAUGUUUUUUAUUUCAUGCUGCCCUACUAACAGGUCUUACGAUGUGGGGGUGUUUGUGUGUGGGGGCAUGGGUUAGGAGAUGGUCGUGCCAAGUGGCCCGCAGCUGAAGGCCACAGGCUGGAAUCAAACCCAGGCUGCUCCCUUUGAGGACUGUUAUUAAACUGUUAUGUUCAGAAGGUAUCACAACCCCAAGAGGUCUAUUUGUCCAUCUCAGUAGUGAGAGUUGUAGAGGGAAAUUUGGCUGAUGCCUUUACAGUACAAGUCUGAGUUUCAUUACAAAAAAACGUGUGUGAGUGUCGGCCUGGGCUAUUGUGAGGCAUCAACUCUGAUGUGGUAAAAAUUCACUAUUACAUUUUCAAAUGUUUGUGAAGAUAUUACCCCUCUGUAAUGUUCCUUCAAAUUGGAAAGUUUGUCAGAGGAAACAAAACAUGACUUGAUUUGAUUGUAGACUACAUUUGGUGAGUCAAAAUUGUAAUUUCAUAACAUUUUCAAUAAGAGAAACCUCAAUCAUUUCCACGAGCUUAAAUGAAGGUUGAUGAUGAUUUGGAAGAACACUGCGGUACAUAGUUUUCCAUCCCUCUUGCACACCUCUAUGUUCAACAAGAAUAAAGUUAUUAUUUCACAUUCAUUUUAGCUAAAAAAUUCUCACAGGAGCUUUAGUUAACGAUAGUAGAGGGUGCCCAGGUGAUAUUUCACACACAUUUAUAUCCAGUCUUUGAUUUUUCUUAAUUCAAUGUCUGUUAUCUUGACAGCUUUGAAAACAUUGUUCAAUACAGCUCUGACUAACUCACUGCCAGAAGGAACAUUUUUUCAGUGUGGGUCAAUAUGUGAUCGAUGACACUGUGGGUGAUGUCUGAAGGUCAUAUUAUAUAUUUAUUUUUGUAGCCUGUGUGUGCUUAUGUUUAUGUGAGAAUGUGAACAAUGGUGAAAAAAUCUGGAAAUGCAUCACUGCAAGAUCUAUCUUUGAUAAAUUUUAGAUUUUAUAGUGAAUGGACAAAAAACUAUCAUUUAUGUUCUAUGUCUGCAUAUUGAACUGAAAGGGGAAAAUCAAAGUAAAGACAUGAGGGAGGGAUUCCAUACAAUAGUGUCCCGAAAAGCAGACAAUCUUAGAAGCACAGGACACCUUUCAUACUUUUGUCACUGAAUCACCUGAGAGGCACUUGUGUCUGUUUUGGUGUCCCCUGUGAACAUAGCGCAACCUCUUAUCUCUUUGUUGGUUUUUGGAGUAUUUGAGUCAUGCUUUUAAUCACAAGAAUCAUCCUGCUCUCUUUCAAAACUCAUGUGUGUCUGUCAUUGAGAAUAGUUGCCAGGAAAAAAAAGCGAGUAAAAUGAAAAUAAAAACAUCAACAUCUAACCUGCAGCAACAGCCACAAGGCUUCAAAAAUCAUUGAAUAGAAAUUUUGAAUCUUUAUGCCAAUGACUUCAUUUGUUUUUGUAGCUCAUAAAGCGACAUCUUCAGUCAUUUCAGCCUCAUAACCAGCUAAAAACUUAAAAUCAAGCCAAGUACUUGUUUAAACCCCUUAAGACUUUUAAAUUAUGGACUAUUUUUGUUAGCUCAAAACAACACAAACUCGCAGUUUAGACAUAAAACAAAAAUGGAAAAGUUUAAGGUUUUUCUGAUAAGAUGUAUUAAUGAACUUUUUUUGCUGCAAUUUUUUGGGUUUAAAAAAGUUUGUUAUUCACUCUCUCUACUACAACAGAGGCCUGAUACUGUACCUGGUAAGUCUGAUAGCUGAUAGCCAUUCCGUAUCUGCAGUACAUGACGUAGUGUUCACAGUUGUACCACAGUAAGCUGUAGGUGACAGAGCCCAUCAGUUUCUCUGCCCGUCUCGCCACCUCAUCCCCAUCCAGAGGAGGCUGGCUGCACACCUCGUCCAUGCGGUUGACCAGAAUCUCUGAGCCGUACCCAAAAUCUGACACGGAGUCCACUCUCACACUUGCAAUCUUAGUGAUGACCCCAAUCAGCAGGCGAUUAUUCGUCACCACCGUGGAGAUUGCAGAUUUAUCCUUGGUGAUAACAGGCAGGAUAUCCGGGAUGAGAUGAGCCACACGGUUGUCACCCAAGUAGAUGCCAAAGUGUGUGAACAUUGUCCGAGGGACCUCUAAUAGAUCACCGCGUUUGUAUAGAGACAGGUCAUACUGUGAUUUUUCCUCCUCUUUUUGGGAAGAGACGAAGAAAAAGUUGAUGAGCUGGUACAGAAACAUGAUGGCAAUGUGCAGGAGAGCGCCUCGGAGCGGUUUUAUUAGAGCAAGAGUUGGGAGGGACCACAGUGGUUAGUCGGAUUACAUGUUGGUCAAUGUUCCAGUACGAUUUUGACAUGAAUAAAGGAGCUUUUUCUGAGCACUUUGACGUGUGUUCAGAUUUUGACACUUGGCCCUUGUUUCUUCUGUAUUAAGGUCAAGGUUCUCAGUAAGAAGGCGAACACAUUCAUUCACAUAGGUACACGUAUUAAGCCAUUGUGCCUGGAUAAACAGCCUUUGUCUUUACAUUAAUCUGCAAUCUUUACAUUUGGUUCAUGAUUAUUCAGCACUUUUCUGGAUGUAUAGAAAAUGUACAUUUUAGUCACAGAAGUCACAGAAAUUCAGCAAAAGUUGAGUACAACAAAUUGACCUGAUCCAUGAAAAAUCCAAAGCUCAAAAGUGCACAAUUGUAGCUUUUAUAUUAACAUUUUUUUGCAGUGCAUCCAAACUAAUUAUAACUACACAGUGUGCAACUGUGGUGCAAACCUGACUUUCUUAUUAUGAAGAAAUAUAAUGAUAUAUGUUGCACAGAGGCUAGUAUUCAGCUCCUCUUUCACUGGCUUAGACAGAGGCUGUGGUCUUCAGGGCCCAGAUUGUGCCCUGCUGUUGCUUCCCAGUUUUCCGCUCCAUGCACUCUCCUGUCCUCUCAAUGAAAGACAUGAAAGCCCAAAUGAUAAAAACAUAUGUCUUUUUUAAUUGAUUUAUGAAUUACUCUCUGAACACACAAGUAAAAAUAAAUUGUUUAAUAAGCAUUUGUCAUAUUUACAACAUUAUAUUAAGCAAACUUCUAUAAAACAUUGAAUUUAUAUACAUUGAUAUUUGGGAACAUUCACUUUGUAGUGGCUCAAAUGUUAGCAAACCACAUUCUCAUAUAAAAAAUAACAGAAAUUCAGUGAGGACCACUUGGCUCUGUACUGCUCUUCCACGUGCAAAUGUGGAAUUCACAGGCUUCAGGCAGGGAGAGCACACCUCCCCUCUGUUUAGUGUGCACACGUGAAAAGCCAAAGCAGGGAGAGUAGCAACGAAGACAUUCAGGGCGCAAAACAGAGCAGGCAUCAGUGAAAACACAUAUGGCACUUUUGAAAUCAGAUCCAGCGUAAAAACGAGGGGGUUCGAGAGGUAGAGGGUUGCGAAAUAGUUUGCGUAGGAAGCAUUGCUAUUUGCCAAUUCCUUGUCAGCUGAUAUGGGUUUGUGUCAGGAGCAGCUGAUGUGUUGUAGGCCAGGCUUGGCUUCAUAGCCUUCCCGAACAAAUACUAUGCUUUGUUACAGGCCUCAACACAUGGCAGGACAAAUAUAAGGCAUGUAAAACAUGAUUAAUGCACAUAUAUUACACAAAAUAUUACACAUCUUCUACACAAUACAAUCAACAUAUCGCUUCAGAACAGACUCAUAAGGCUUCACAUGCCUGCAAAACCCGGAGCAUGUCUCCAGUCAGUCCAAAACAUUCACUUUGUUUACAGGCUUAUUGGGCUGAGCCACCUCAACCAGCCAUCCACAGAGUGAAGGGGAUGAGGAUUGUGGGUAAUGUAGUUGCUGGCGCCAUGCCGAAAGAGAUGAUGGAGAUUAGGCCGAGAAGGCUUGUGACAAUCACGCUGCGCUGGUCUCUGAUGAUGGAUUUCAGGCACUCACAGAACUGCAAAGACAGAAGAAUAGCUCAGUAUUUCACAUGUCAGGGUUUAUAUAGGGGAGAUUUUUCACCAUGAGAACAGCUUGACUUAUAUUCAGUUUCAGUCCAAGUUUAAAGCUCCUGUCAGGAAUUUUAAGAGCUUUUGAAAUAGGCUAAAAUGAACAGUCAUGUGUCUCUAUGAUGUUCGUAAGCAAGUAAGACCAUCAACAAAAAGAUUGGCAAUUUCUAUAUCUAAAUUCUGAAUGCUUGUUACUUCUAUAAGGGGGUCAAAGACGCCAAAGAAACAGCCUUGGCUACCUUUAUAACUGCAACUAUUAGCAGAGAGUGAUUAAUUGAGCUGUAAAAAGACAACAGGAAUAUAUUUUUUAUAUCUAAGAUACCACUCUCACAAGAAGAGGACAAAAUCAGCAAUUUACAACAAUUUAAAGUUUGUUUUGUCCACAGGGGGGCACCAAAUAGAUAGUUCCUCACAAACGCUGAGUCUGAUAUUCAACUUCCCAUUUUUUCUGAAACUCCACCGCAGACUUUGUCUUGAAAGCUGAAUCACUUUAGAAAAUACUUAAAUGUAUCAUUUAGGGUUGUUACAGUGUCCUAUUAAGAAAACCUUGACCUAGUGGUGGGCGAUACAUUUCGCCUACGAUAACAUCCUAAACGUUGCUUUGACAAUGUGCCAUUUUACAAUAUCGAGUAUUUAUACUGUCUCGGACAAAAACAAAUGGACGGUGCAUAGACGGCAAAGGAGAGGUGCAUGAAAGUCCUCAUUGGUCGAAUGCGUGCCUCAGAAGCUAAUCAGUGGACAGGAUUCGGUCACGUGACUCAGCAGCAACCAAAACACAACAAAGUCUCACAUGGAGGAAAUAUGCAGGAGUCUCCUGUCUCAGCGGAUGAUUUAAUGGCAUGACGUGGGUUCAUGUCCUUAACCUGGAAAUUGUUUGGGUUUGACAAGACCUACGUAAGUCAAAUUAAAGUUAUUUGUAAGAUGGGCAGCGUAAAGCUGCACAACACACUCAGCAAACCCUCGCCGAGUCAUUCAGCAAACAUGUACUAUAUGACAAAGCAAGUUUUUUCAGUGGGAUUAUCGUUAUCGAGAAAUAAAAAAAAAAAUGGAGAUAUAUUUAUUUGUCCAUAUCGCCCACCACUACCCUGACCUAAAGGUUUGGUCAUGUCUGGUGAAACAGACUGUAGUUCUAAGGCCUUAUUUGUUUUAUACCAUGGGUUCAGUCUUCCAUAAAUAUGGUCGACAUUCCUAAAAAAAAAUACUGGGCUAAAAUAAAGUCGAACACAACACACUAUUUUGAGCUGUGGUUGCAAUCCAAGGGUGUAAAUAAGGUCUAAAAUGGUUUGCUUGUUCUGUUGUGAAUAUAUCAUCUUUAUUGAUUGUUGUGUGUAUGGAUUGACUGGAGAUUAAUGUUAAUCUGAUAUUUAAUCUACUGGAAAUGCUGUCUUUUGGGGGAUUGUUUUGCUUUGAGCACCCUAAAAUUUAGGAGAUCUAAACAGAAUGAGAGGAGGGGUCAACAUGGGCCACACACACCCUGACAAGUUAAACAGAGAAGUUUAAGUACAUUUAAGAAUAAACCUCAAAAAGGGAUUAAGAUUUUGAGUACAGCAUCUUUUUGUGCGUAAUAAUAACCCCAAACUUCCAUGCUCUCCAUGGGGAAACUUAUUGUCUUUCUGCAUAAUGCAUGAGGGGGAAAAUCAUACCCGACCAAUGUGUAUGAGAUUUCAGAAAAGCAGAAUGAAUGUAUGAAAGCAUGGCCUGUACCUUCUCUGUUUGCCUGCUGACUGCAGAGCCGUAUCUGCAGUAGGUCACAAAGUGUUCGCAGUUAUUCCACAGCAGACUGUACUGGAUUCCUCCGAUAAGUUUCUCUGCCCUCUUGGCCACAUCUUCAUUAGCAAAUGCCUGGUUCUUCAUCAUCUUAUCAGUACGGUUCACCAGGAUACUGGAGCCGUACGCAAAGUCCUCUAACGUGUCCACGCGCACUGUGGCACACCUGUACAUGCAGCCGAGGAUGAGUCUCUUGUUGGUGAUGACCGAGCUGAUGAGCUUCUGGUCGCUUGUGAACACGGGCAGGAUGUCAGGGAUGAGAUGAGCCACUCUGUUGUCGCCUAAAUAGAUGCCGUAGUGGGUGAAAAGGGUUCGAGGGACCUCCAGUAGGUCCCCCCUCCGGAGGGCAGGAGGGGGGCAGCGGUGCGCGUGCCUCUGCAGGUCCUCAUCCUCAGCUUCAGUCCAGCUGGACUCGAAGAUUCUGAAUUUGGAGAGAAGAGAGAGCUUCUCCACCAGGAAUGUCAACAGCUGCAGCAUGGUGAGAGUUCUUGGGGUGAAAAUGUGGACAUGAGCCUUUUUAUCCUCCUCUGGCACGAGGAGGAGAGAGUGCGCGGAGGAAAUCCUGGACACGAUUGGACACGAGUCACUUGGCGCACGUGCGCACACUCCUUCAGGCGCCUCAGCAUCUUUUUUUUUUUUCUUUUCAGAGGUUAAGCCGAAUAUUUCCUUUAAGUUUCCGCGGAGAGGAGGGUCAGCUGAUACUAAUGAAUAAAUGUUGUGGAUGGUAGAGUGAGGCAAACCAUGCAGAGUGAAUGAACCGCAGAUUAGGGAAGUGGAUUGGUAGGAUUUUUAUUACAGCAACGACAAUUUCCGCGAACUUUCUCACUUAGACGUCCUGAAAAAUACUUUGUUGAAGUUUAAAACUGGUAAACACAAACACAGUAACACAAAGAGCUGUCACAUCAACAGAGUCCUCAAAACCAGAGUUUUUUACUCUUAAAACAUCACUAAUGUAUAGGUAUAUAGACACAGUUUCUCCCAUGUGUAUGAUGUUCACCAUAGUUAAAGCCCACAGGAAUUAUCCCAAUUCUUUCUCAGUAGUUAGCCUGUAACCAUAUGGAGUGUCUUAAGUUGUUUGCUCCCUCUUUCUGGCCUUCAAUUUACAACUAAAAACGUUAUAAUUUAUUUUUUUUUAUGAUGAAAAAUAAAAUAGUGACCCCUUUAACUGUUAGCACCCAAUACCAAACGGACAGUAGCUCCAGAUGUUAAGUAAAUAGAGCGAUAUGGUGCUUUCUCAGGUCUAAGGAUCACUUAAAGUGCUUGUUGUGCUUCAUUACACGUUCACCCAUUUACAUCAAAUUCACAAACACAGUAUAAUGAAAAAAAGAAAAACCUUUUUCAAUAAAUGUAAACAUGUUGAUCUGACUGGAAUUGCACAGUUUAGAUUGUUUUGGGUUGUACUGACAUAUCCUCACCUUAUUAUUAUAAUGGCCUAAGUCAUUUUUUGACCAAAAUUAGUUUCUUUUCAUGACUUUAUAACUUUAAGUGACUAAAAAAAUUACUUUUUUGCAUCUAAAAGAGGAUCAUGCCAUAAUCCUUUCAACUAAGGAUUUAGGCGAUUUUAUCAGAGAUGGCCAACAUUAUCAAGAGAUGAUUUAGGCCAAAAACUCAUUUUCGUCAAAAAAUGACUUAGGCCAUUAUUUUAAUAGGGUGACAAUAUGUAGAUACUGCCAUUGGGCAUCAAUUUUCUCUUACAUGUACGCACCCUGAUCAAACCCAAAUGGUCCUGGGUAUUUUGUACAUGAAUCACAGCUCAAACGUCUGUCUUUCACCCGCAGGUCAAACAGCGUAAAUGUGUUGACAGAGGCCAGGUAGUAAACAAAUCCACAACAAAGGAGAAGACAGGAAAAGGCAAAGCUGGUACAUAGUAAAAAUGUUCUUAUUGUUAGCUUCAUGCUAACUUGUGUGUCCAUUUUUUUGGUAUGUGAUGUGAUCGGUCAGUGGACAUACUUUUGUCAGUAAACAGUUGUCCAGUUAAAUUGCCUCAUUUAGCUGUAACAUACACUCACCGGCCACUUUAUUAGGUACACCUGUCCAACUGCUCGUUAACACUUAAUUUCUAAUCAGCCAAUCACAUGGCGGCAACUUAGUGCAUUUAGGCAUGUAGACAUGGUCAAGACAAUCUCCUGCAGUUCAAACCGAGCAUCAGUAUGGGGAAGAAAGGUGAUUUGAGUGACUUUGAACGUGGCAUGGUUGUUGGUGCCAGAAGGGCUGGUCUGAGUAUUUCAGAAACUGCUGAUCUACUGGGAUUUUCACGCACAACCAUCUCUAGGGUUUACAGAGAAUGGUCCGAAAAAGAAAAAAUAUCCAGUGAGCGGCAGUUCUGUGGGCACAAAAUCCUUGUUGAUGCCAGAGGUCAGAGGAGAAUGGCCAGACUGGUUCGAGCUGAUAGAAAGGCAACAGUGACUCAAAUAACCACCUGUUACAACCAAGGUAGGCAGAAGAGCAUCUCUGAACGCACAGUACGUCGAACUUUGAGGCAGAUGGGCUACAGCAGCAGAAGACCACGCUGGGUGCCACUCCUUUCAGCUAAGAACAGGAAACUGAGGCUACAAUUUGCACAAGCUCAUCGAAAUUGGACAAUAGAAGAUUGGAAAAACGUUGCCUGGUCUGAUGAGUCUCGAUUUCUGCUGCGACAUUCGGAUGGUAGGGUCAGAAUUUGGCGUCAACAUCAUGAAAGCAUGGAUUCAUCCUGCCUUGUAUCAACGGUUCAGGCUGGUGGUGGUGGUGUCAUGGUGUGGGGAAUAUUUUCUCUCUCUCUUUGGGCCCCUUGGUACCAAUUGAGCAUCGUUGCAACGCCACAGCCUACCUGAGUAUUGUUGCUGACCAUGUCCAUCCCCUUUAUGACCACAAUGUACCCAACUUCUGAUAGCUACUUUCAGCAGGAUAAUGCGCCAUGUCAUAAAGCUGGAAUCAUCUCAGACUGGUUUCUUGAACAUGACAAUGAGUUCACUGUACUCAAAUGGCCUCCACAGUCACCAGAUCUCAAUCCAAUAGAGCAUCUUUGGGAUGUGGUGGAACGGGAGAUUCGCAUCAUGGAUGUGCAGCCGACAAAUCUGCGGCAACUGUGUGAUGCCAUCAUGUCAAUAUGGACCAAGCUCUCUGAGGAAUGCUUCCAGCACCUUGUUGAAUCUAUGCCACGAAGAAUUGAGGCAGUUCUGAAGGCAAAAGGGGGUCCAACCCGUUACUAGCAUGGUGUACCUAAUAAAGUGGCCGGUGAGUGUAUAUAUAUAUAUAUAUAUAUAUAUAGACUUAUCUGCAAAUGCACUGUCUGUUUGCACUGAGUGACCAUCAGAAUUAAUAAGGGCUUUUAUAAACAAUUAUUCAAAUCUGGAUUAAUCACAGGGUUUCAGGAUUUAAUUAUGCAAUGUGAAUUAAGAAUGAAUUGUUUAAUUAGCAUUUGACAUGUUUGUAAUUUGAAAAACAAAACCGAGCAAGUCCAUAAAGCUGAUUAACCUCCAGUUUGAGUUUAGCGCUAACUUGAACAUUUUCAGUUCCAAACACUUUCAUAAAUGCAUUAUUUAUGGAUAAAAGAAAACCUUGUUCAACUAUUUUAUCACUCAUUUGCUAAGUGUAUCUUAAUAAAAAGCUAUAAAUGUACAAAAAUUCAACUCAUCUCAACUUUUGUUUAUCCUUUUGUUGACUCAAAACAAACCGCUAAUUAGACCAAUAAUCUGAUUAACUUUCAGACAAUGAAUUUGUGUGUGAUGGACUUUGUUGAUGCCCAGAGGCUAAUCUGUUCUGUCCCAUCAUGACUCCAGGGUCCAUGCUCCAGGGAAGAAGCAGGCUGUGCCAGUCAGUCUGCACCUUCCCUGAAGAAGCAUAUGAUGAGAUUGAACAUUCCUCUGACCAGAUUACCAUAAUCCUGUAAACUUCAACCAUAUCUUUUUACCCAGAAAACCUUGAGAAACACUGAGGUCUGUUUGAUUCAGUGUCACUGGUUUCAGAACAUUUGCUGACCUAAAUUCGGGACCUUGUUAAACCCUGCAAAAGGGAUAAAUAGUGUCUGGCAGCUGCUUUGUCAGACUAUGAGAAAAAGGGGUUGACCUACAAAGCAUGCAUACCUUGCAUUAUAGGAAGUGAGUCUGAUUUAUGACUAUGCAGUUCAACUCUUAAACUUUUAACUGGAACAGUUUCAAACAGUAAAUUUAAAUUAUGGUCAAACACAUCCUAACACCGAGUUAGACACCCUCUCAAGAGAUGAAUGUUGCAACGAAUGUAAGCAACGACCGCAGGAUAGCAAUACACAGCGGUCUAUGUCUCCAUGCCUCAAGCAAAACGCCACUCUAUAGCCACAAAUAAUGCUCAGAACAGCACUCAACUUCAUCAACAGUACAUAUAGGGUCUCAGCCAUAGCACUAGCCACUAAACAUCUUUUUAGCUUUGCCUGGUUUAUUUAGCAAAGAGACUAAACACAACUCACCCACUCUCCUCCAGCAGCCGCUUGUUUGUGAGGGGAGCCCUGACGAGCCCAUCACCGAGUGCAGCGGAUCAUUUUCAUGAAGUAAAAAUCAUCAUUAUAAUCAUUUUGCACUGCAGAUGCGGUAGUUCUUCUGCCUUAGUGUCUCGGUCUGAUUUCAUUUUCAUGAAGUAAUGAUCAUAAAUGUUCCUCUUUGAGCUGCGAAACUCCACUGCACACAGUGAUCGACCUGUCAGGGCUCCUCCAUAAACAAGCGUACUCUGUUAUUCAAAUUUAAAACUGCGCCAUAAAAACACUUUUUUCAAGUACCACUUUUGUUUCUCAAAAAUCUGGUUCAGGAGUAUUUCUCGCCAUAUUGUCAAAAAUAACAAUACCCAUUAAAGCUCUUUUUAAGUGAUUUUAACUAAUAAUGAACUAGACCAAAAUGAAUGUCUCCUUGUGAUUCACAAGAGACAACAAGCCCAUUGGCGUAAAGAUGAUGUAUUUCCACUAAGAUUGUUUUCAAACCGCUGGUGAAGGGUAAGUGCCAGUCGUCAGAAUUAAAUGCCUCCUUGGCUGUUUUUAUUUGUUUUAACUCUUUGGGGGCAAAUAUCAUCAAUAGGUCACAUGUUUACCUAAAGAAACAAAACAGGUUGGAAUUCUUUUACAAUGACUACACGUACAAUACAAAAUCAGCAAAGCCAUGGCUCCACGGGGGGACAUCAAGAUUGCCCCAGUUCCUCAUAGGAGCAUUAAAGGUGCAGAGCAUAAAAAUGGUUUGGUCAUAUAUAGUGGUUUGAAUACAGACUGAAUAUUGAAUAUCAAUAUUCAGUUUCUAUCAAGUCCAUUCUUCUAAAUGCCAUUAAAUACUACCCACUCUACCUUUUAAUUAACUAACCAGUUUUACAAUGUUCCUUUAUGUAGGUAGACUACUAAUAUCCUUGGUUUUAUGUUUUGGCAGCAUCCUGUAGUUUGUUAUUCAGUCUGUAAGAGUGCAUCAUUAUUUGAAAAAUACUAUUUAUGUUGAAGCUUUGUUAUGCAUAGUGAUUAUCAAUAACUACUAGUGCAGUUUAGCAAAAAUAGAUUCAAAAUAAAGUAGAAAAAUGUGUUGGUGAAGUUCUUUAUGAUGUACUUGAGGACAUUGUGUGGUAUUUUUCACAUCCUUCCUGACUCAAAGUGAGAAACUGCUACAUGAUUAUAAUGUUAUUAGUCAAAGUAAGAUAUAGAGAAGGACAGUACGUCCACUCUACAGUCAUAAAAGAUUCAUAAAACUUCUCACUGAUGGGAUGUUGUUUGAACAUGAGUCUUAAAACUGUGCCAUACAGAGGUUAUAGUGCCUGUAGCUCUGGUUGCUGAUUUGACCUUAAUGCUGCAUGUUGACAACAACCAGUCAUCACAGUUGCAAUUAAAGGAAAUCUAAAUUAAAAAUGUGUUUUUCCUGAGCUGUUCUGAGGAGAGGAGGCUGAUUGUCUCAUGAAGUGGGAGCUUUGACAGUAAGAGGGCGGUUGUCUUUGGUAUUAGGCUUGGUAUUCAGAGCCAAUAGGUUUUAAUUGGAAGACUGAGUUGGCUGCACAAUCAUGGGAGAGUUUAGUUGUUCAGAUGUAAAGCCUUGAAGCCAUAUAAACAAUUAAACAGACCACAAAACUGAAUCUGAGCAUAACAUCCAGAGUAGUAUGGCUUCUGAAUGGGAGUAGCUCAGGAGGUAGAGCGGUCGUCCAAUGACCGGAAGGUUGGCGGUUCGAUUCCCCCCUAAUCCAAGUCUGUCCGUUGUGUCCUUGGGCAAGACACUUAACCCACCUUGCUCCCAGUGUGUGUCCUCCACUGGUGUAUGAUUGUGAGUGUUGUGUGGUGGUGGUCGGAGAGGCCGUAGGCGCAGAAUGGCAGCCACGUUUCCACCACCACCAAAGUGUGACUGUGUGAGCGAAUGAACAUCCAGAGUAGUAUGGCUUCUGAAUGGGAGUAAUACAACAAUUACCAAUGUUAAGAAGGGAUUGAGCUGCUGAAUUCCAAUAGCCCCCAUUUCUCCCAAUCAAUCAAAUGUAAUAGCAGGAACUUUUCGGCCUAAUAAAUGUGUGGAAAUAAAUACACAGAGAGUCAUCCAACUUUAAAGACAGGAAUACCAAAUGUUGGACAAUAUGCCAUAAAUAAACAGGAAUCCUUUUUACCUAAUACAUUUGUUUCAUUCAUUACAUUUGAAUUGACUGGUUAGUUUGGGGCUAUUUUCUGUCUCAAAGACAUGAAAAAUGAGUCAUUUCUAUUAAAACCCAACAGCAUAAUCAUUGUCUCUACGGGCGAUGUGCUAGCUAAUGCAUCUCUGUACCUUUGAAGAAUUAAAUGAUAACAUAAAUGAUGUGACCUGCCAUUAAAGCCCAGCUGUUGUUCCCAAUAAAUCCUCAUCUUACUGGGAAGUUUGCAGAUAAACGUGAAAGCAUAUCAGGGUGUAAUAAACUAUAUGUCAGAGCUGAUAUUAAAAAGGACAAAAUCUAGGUCAAGUGGGUUGCUUAUAGAAACUUGGACAUCCUUUGGGCAAUUUUCCUAUAUGAUGAUUAAGUUAUUAAAAAGUGUAUGUUGAAACUAGCUCUAAGCAUGUUUUUAUUUUCACAUUCACAUUCAGCUGAGUCGACUUACCGUCUGUGACCACAGGUUGAACCCAGAGAAAGCAUUAUAACAAACCUUUGGCCUCUGUCCAGGGAGAUUUACACCACCGUCAAAUGGUUCCAUACUUAUACUUGAGGCCAGUGAGUGACCCUAACAAGGCUCUUUAAAUUUAAUACCUGGUCAGGCCACCUGUGAACUAUGCUGACUUUGUUUCUCUUAAGUUGAUUACAAACAUUUCUCCUGUUUUUUCAGGAAAAAAGCAAUGAUUCAGCAAGAUACUGGCAAAGCUUGAAUGACAGGGGAAACAUCUGAGAAAUUUAGCUGCCACCUCUAAUAAAAGAGACUUGAUUUUUUUUUUUUUUUUUGGUGCUUUGCAUCCUGGUGAAGUCCCAAUACAUCAAUAACAGCAACAGUUUAUCCACAUGUUAACAUCCUGGACACGGCUACUAGACAGAGUGCCAAAGUCUUCAUGGCACUUAGGGAGAGAAAGAGACACUUUCCAUCUGGUGUUUCGACACAAAGAGGCCAGUUCAGCGAGAGUUCAUCUCUGUUUAGGUUCAUGGGCCUGGCAGUUCAUUCUCAGGUCAGCGAGGCUUCAUACCCAUCCUGGGUCUGUUUCUCUCCACAUAAUAAAACGAGGUCACACAGAGGUAGUUAAGGACAGAUUUAUUAUCUAAUGUCAACAUGAGGCCCACAUAUAAAGUCAUAUUCUGCUUUACUGUUGCAUGUACCUGCAAUAUUUGUUUUAUGUAAUAAAAAGAGGUGUGAUGUCCUGACGCAGCCAGAGGAACACUCACUAAACAAAUGUUAUCACCAACUGAACAGCAUUGAAAUAUUGGAGCAAUAAGACCCUAAUAAAGUGAUGUAAACGAUUGCAAACUGCCCUCAAUCAGUGAAUCAAAAAAGGUGAACUCGUUCACAAUGAUGAUCUACAGUUCAUUUGUGAAGAAUUCAAUAAAGAAUAAAACAAAGAACUCAUGGUGGAUAAAUAAUUAAAAUAAAUGAGUGAUAGAAUACAUAAGGACUAAAUAAGACCACCUAAAAAACAUUAUCUACAACAGAAACAUUUUCUAAAAGUAACAUAAAUCAAGUUUACCCCUCCUGUCAGGACCUUUCAAUUUGUGUUGAUUUUAAUAUUCCCUUAAGAUGAAGUGGAACCUAUUAUUUCUUUGGUGGUUUUUGCAUCUGUAAAUAAUGUUUUCUCACAAUAAAUCUUAUAUUUUUGUCAGUUUGAAGGCAGAGUUCAUUGUAACUGGCCGUGUCAUCCUCUCACCUCGCAGCAGCAUUUAAAAGCUGUCAAACUUCCUAAUCAUAUUUGUAUUUUAGUUUGUUUUUGUACAUGGUAAGGGCAUUUUUAUAAAUUUUAGUCUGCUUCAUACCCAGCUAAAGACUCCUUAAGGAAAGCUUCAAAAAGUAUGUCAAGUUAAAAUAACAAAGGCACCAGUAUUGACCUCUGAGGGACUCCACAAUUCAUAAAGGUAAGUGAAACACAGCCAAAAACUGGAUCUAAAUUUAUCUACAUUUAAAGUGGGAGCACAACUGCUUGAGAGAUGCUCCAGGUUAAGUGUAUACCACUAAUGUACAGUACAUGUGUGGAGAUGACUCCCUUAUCAAGAGCAGUAUUUGACUUUUUUAAUGUUUGACAAAGAAGAUUAUAAUAGUUCUGUCAUGGUUUUCUCGUACAUUAUUAUUGAUGCUGGAAAAUAAACAACCUUAGUUCCUCUUUCUUGCUCAUGGGUCCGUCAUGUGCAAGAGUUUUCCAGCUCCAAAGCUGUUGACAAAAGCUUAGCUGUACAUGUGUUUGUGUGCACCCUGUGUGGAAAUCUCAACCUGUACCUCUCAGAAAAAUAUGCUAAAGCUGAUUUCCAGCUGACUGUGAGAAUCCAAUUAAUACCUCUUACUUUCUGGCAUGCAAAAUCUACAUUUUCCCAUGAAUCAAUCUCUUAAAAAUGUGAUAUUGAGACUAAAUUAUUAACUAUUUUCUACCAAGCAUGUUAUUUAAAAUAAAGUAAUUUCUUUAGCCUUUCUAGCCUUUCUUCUCUAGUCCAGUCUUGGCCACAAGUAUUUUCUAUGUAGCAGAUUUAUUUUCUCCUAAGCAGAAAAGUCAUAACUCCAUUCAAAACAUAAAAUAAAAAUGAUUUAAGUCUGUGCUUUGGAAGUGUGUUCAUUGAUUUUAAGGUAUGUGUGGGUGGGUGCCAGGUUUGGUAUGCUUCCACUCCAACUAGUGGUUUCAUGUGGAAGUGCAGCUAAGUUUCAAAUAAGAGGUCAAACCAGUCUUAAACAGCAGUUUCCAAAGAAGAAAGGGAUUUAUUACCAUUAACUAAAUGUCCUAAUAAAUUUGUAUGGAAGCCUAUUUUGGUCAAUGAAAAUGGAAAAAAAAGAGUGACUGUAAAGGAGUGAAAAUGGCAAAAAUAAAUAAAUAAAAUAAAAAGAGGUAACAGGUGAUUAUUGGGGAAAAAAUAAACUUUGAAUGUGUCAUUAGAAUUUGGACCGUCAACUUAAUUAAAGAUGAGGAGAUAAAAUGGUUAAAAAAAAAAUUUCCCUCUUUGUCAAGGCAAGGAAACAUACUGGUCAUAGUAAGAGAACAAUAUUUGGAAGAAAAAGAAAAAUGGAGCAAUUUAUGUGCACUAAAAUUAUUGUCUUAUUUUCUUUUGAUGGUAUAAGAUUAAUUGGGGUCAAAUUAGAACUCAAAAAAACUAUUUCAGAAUCUCUGAAUACAGAAAUGUGACACAGAAUAAAGCAUAACACAAAGUGCUCAGUUACAUAAAAUUUAAAGGAAAAAGACAAAUUAAUCCAAAUUAAGGUGAGGUAAAUGUGAUAAACCAUACAGUUUGUGAGAUGAUAGAACAUUGGACCCUUGCAAUGUAUACAAAAAAGUCAAAUCAGUCCCUAUAUAGGGGCUAUGGCACAUUUUACCCCAGCCUGUUGACACCUGCUGUUUGUUGUGUAUUAGGUAUGAUCAUGUAAAGUGGGCAGGUGAAGAUGUUUAUUAGAAUUCCAUCAGGGUCCUUUUUUUUUCACAAUUACAAAUUACAAUGUCAUUUAGCAACACUUCCAUCCAAAGCGACGUACAUACAAAUCAUACACCAGCGGAGGACACACACUGGGAGCAAGGUCGGUUAAGUGUCUUGCCCAGAACACAAUGGACAUACUGGGGAAAGUGGGAAAUUGAGACACCAACCUUCCAGUUGUUGGACAACCGCUCUACCUCCUAAGCUACUGCCUCCCAAGUUUUAGUCUUCAUCCAUCUCUUUUGUUACUCUGAGACCGCUUCUAUUUUUUUCUUUUAAUAAAUUCCUCUGUUUUGUUUCCUUUUUGGCAGCAUUUGGCUUCCAUACUCUCAGGGUCACAUUGAAGCCUAUGAUAAAGUUCUGUCUGCCAGAUUAAACUGAGUGUUUUCUGUGGAAUUAUGUUCCUGUUUCACAAACAACUUGAUCAUCCAGGUUUUUCAGGCACAUCUUUUUGCCUUCAAUUUAGAUCAUUUGGUGAUUUUAAGUUAUUUUGCUCUGAUUCUACCUGACCUUUCCUGGAAUAAGUCCUGUUUGAUUAAAGAUCCACCAUGCACUUGAUGGAAAUAGCAGUGAUGUUUUGUGUGAGUCAGCAUUUAUUGAUCUGCUUUGUCAUCAAUCAGACACUAGGUUAGACAAAUAUCCAAUCCAAGAAAUUAAGUCACAUAAAACUGAACAGUUUUGUGCUCCACUUAAAUGCCAAUAAGAGAUUUCAUCAUUUCGGGAAAUGACCGCUGACGGACGUUUGAGUCAUAGCUUUGUCCCAGCACAGUGAGUGGGAUGUUUGCGCAUGAAUCCCUUAUCAAACUCUGAACUCAGGACCUUGUUCGGAUAAAUAUCCCGCUGAGGCAAGCUGCACUUCAUUUUUCAAGAGGGCAAGACCACAGCUGGUGGCCGAGGCAACAUGGCUCAAUCACUUCUUGCAGCAGCAGGAGGACUUCUGUUACUUUUCUCUAUCUCAUCAGCAGUAAGUCAAAGACUUCAGAUCCAACACUGAGACAGUUUUCUUGAAUGCAAAACUCAAACCUCUUUUUUCUCCUUUUUUCGUGUGUGUAGCAAAUACGAGGAGACAACCUCGUCAACUCCGCCAAUUGCAAUCCAAACGAUGGCUUUGUAAGUGUGCACUGACAGUUUAAGCAAAAAUGGCAUCAGUUCCUAAUACCUUUUAAACAUACAAUUUUUAUCCCUUGCCUUCACUGUGUACAGGGGAAGUACUGUCCUACAACGUGUGGAGUAGCGGAUUACUUGCUGAGAUAUAUUCCAAAGGUGGACGACGAUAUAGAUAAAAUGCUAGACGAACUGGAAAACAUAGCCAAUUUGACUCAGGGGGCUGAAGAAACAGUCAUCUACAUGAAAGACUCUACAACUUCAGCUCAAAAACAAUCCCCUGUAGGUAAGAACUUCAAUGUGGGACCAUCUUGUCCCUGGACCUCUCUGUGGUCUGUACUUUAAAAUCAUUUCACAAAAGUGUCCACCUGCUCCAAGUCUGAGUCAUAGCUGAUUGACUUGACUUUGAAUGUUGUGUAACUGUGUCAAAAUCAUGACUCUAAAUAACUUUUGAUUUCAGACCCAUACUUCAGAAAAUCAACCGGUAUGCUGGACGAUGUGCUGCGGUUUGAGAAGACCAUCCUCACACAGGAACAGCAAAUAUUGUAAGUUUUCAUCUGCAAUGUAGUUAUAACACCUGACAUAAAUCCCUAAAUACCGAGCUGUUCAACGUAUUUACUGAUGUGCUGAUCUGAGAGUUCCUGUGAAGAGUUUUUUUGGCCGGUUUUGUGACAGAUGAUCAAAAAUAAUGAGCCACAAACGCAAACUAGGCCAUCAGCAACAAGAGCAAACAUUUUUACACUGUAAUUUAAAAUGCUUGAAACCCCUGCUGCCAUUGAAAGUGAGUGAAUUCUUAUUACUGAAAUAGCUUUCAUUUAACUUAAGAGAUGAAAAAUAAGAAAAGAAAACAGUGCUAACAAAUCCUAAUGACAAAUUUGAAUAAAGGACAAGAUUGGCUCAAACUUAGUUCCUCACAGGAGUUUUAACUUUUGUUUGAUAGUCGUGGAAAUGCAAUCGCAAAUCUUAAAUGCAGAUAUAUAACAUUUGUAUUAUAUCAGCUGCUACACUGCCAAAAUUCAAAACUACACAAGAGUUAUGUGUAAAUUCUACUUUUAAAGAGUCUUGUUUGAUUAAAAAUAAAUGCAUUUGCCUAAAAAGCUCAGAUACACACCACAUUUCAAAACAUUAGAAACCAUAAAUAAGACCUGCAUUGAUUGUAAUAACGAAACAACUGAUGAUGAGUCUGCAAAAUUCACUAGGUUGUAUCUUAAAUUAUGGCAUCGUAUUUAUCCCAAGAAAAUUAAUCAGUACAUUCUGCUUACCCCACCCCAGGUUUUAAUUUUGGCUCAUAAUGCCUUUAAAUGAGAUUUUUGUCAGCUGAAUGUGGCCCAUUUUCAGUCUUAUGAGACCUCUUUUUAUCAGGAGUAAAUCAAUAACAUUUCUUUGGCUGAAAGUUUUUAUGGUGUGAUUUAAACGUGCAGAACUGCUUGUGACAGCAUAACAAAAAUAAUCUUCUCAAACUAGAGCUCACAGUUUUUGACUUACAGUUACCUACUGUACAACUUCCAAUGGAGUUAUGUAAUGUGUCCUUCUUCAUAAAUAAAUAACCUUUCCUGCUCCCAGCCCCCCAUGCAUUCAGGUCACUCUACACCCACACUGCUCACCCACACAGUUCAGACUGAUCAAAUUCUGGGUGUUUUGCCGCCCACUUCCCUUUAUCUCGUUUACAUUGGGACUCAGACAAACCCCUAACAUUUAAAAAUGUACCCAUAAACCACAUUGCAGAUCUCUUUUCUACAUUUAAUUCCACUAUUAUUCUCUUUAUAAUAACUUUUGUUUUCAAAAAUCGAUUUUAAGCUGAAAUUAGCAUCCUUAAUUUGUGCUCCUCAGUGUGUAACGAACCAGGAGAUUAAUCAAGGUGUACACAGCUAGUAUAACUCAUCUUUGUUCUCCAUUUUUCAGCGAGCUGCAAAAUUUAAUCUCGUCCAAUGAAAGGAGAAUGGCAGAAUUGAAACAACUGUCUGUCCAGCUGCAGCAGAGAUGCCAGGAGCCCUGCAAAGACAGUGUGGAGAUCCAGCCCAUCACUGGAACAGGUACAAAAAAAAAAGAUCAUGACCUUAAGGCCAGUCUACGUUUCACAAGAAGUUUCCCAACAGUAACUCAUCUGAACAACAUUUGUCCUUGGUCAGUGUUUAGUUAGACUAAAAUCAAUACAACCCAUCAUCACAGAGUAAACACGCUAAUCCAAGAUAUAAUCAGCUGUGGUUGUAUUUCAAAAAAGUUGUGUACCACCUUUUGAUUUAAACACAUGUAAACAAAUGUUUCCUAACUUUAAAAUUUUUAUCCAAUAAUGUGAGAAUUUCUCUUUUUUCUCUUGUCAUUUUUGAUCAUCAGACUGUCAGGAUGUUGCAAACAAGGGGGCCACCACCAACGGUCUGUACUAUAUUAAACCAGCUCAAGCUCCCGAGCAGUUCCUUGUUUACUGUGAGAUUGACAACUUUGGACGAGGUUUCACAGUAAUCCAGAGGGUAUGCCUCACAUUGAUUAUCAAGAAAAACACUCUGAAUUGUCUUUAUUUUAGAGUAGACAAACCCUUUUAAUUAUUUGACAACUGAAGAAGAUAAAUACUAAAAUAAAGGUCUUAUAUUUUUCUGUCAGCGAAGCAAUAUACAGAUGUUACAACAAGGGGCUGUGGGUGAAUUCCCAUAAUCGGACAGUUAAGCUAAAAUUGAUACAGCCAUCUUUCGGAGUUGAAAACCACACAGGAACCCCCCAUAUUGCUCAAAAUUAUUUGGUUUGAAGAAAACCAGUCUUUAGUGUUGGUGUGCAAACAGGCGUAAUGUAGGGAAAGAGGAUGAUUUAAAUACAUAUUUACAAGUUUGAAGCACAGGCCAUAUCUCCAACCUUAUUCCAGUCCCAGGUCCCUCAAGCAACAUUUAUACAUUCCCUUAGAGAACUACCAUUCUCAGCAUGGCAUUCAAAGAUAAGAGUUAUUUCCUGCCGAAAAAGCAGUGAAAAUCUUUAAAUAUAACGUAAAUUAUUUUUCACUUUUUCAGAGACGCGAUGGCAGCGUUGACUUCCACAAAGACUGGAUACAAUACAAGAACGGCUUUGGCUACCUCUCACCAGACGACACCACUGAGUUCUGGCUUGGAAACGAGAAGAUCCAUCUUCUUACACUUGGAACGACCAUCCCAACUGUGCUGAGGAUAGAGCUUGUUGACUGGGACGGCAACAAAAAGUACGUACACACAACCAAAUAUAACAAAUUAUGUAAGAGGGAAGCAAAAGGACUCAGCGCCAAGGCAAACAUGACCCUGAGGAUAAGGUUCAGCAGGGGAUACAACAAACUAACAUUUGAGUUUUUUUUCCAGAUAUGCUGACUACACCAUGUUCAGAGUGGGGCCAGAGGCGGACAACUAUCGUUUAACCUACGGAUACUACCUCGGUGGUGAUGCUGGGGAUGCUUUCGACGGCUUUGAUUUCGGCGACGAUCCCAGUGACAAGUUCUACACAAGUCACAACGGCAUGCUGUUCAGUACAUUCGACAAGGACAACGACAAGUACGACGGCAACUGUGCUCAGCAGGACGGCUCUGGCUGGUGGAUGAACAGAUGUCACGCUGCACAUUUGAACGGAAAAUACUACCCGGGUAAGACCACAGGGCUAAAACCAGGGCCAGACCUUUUCAAUAGUGUUAAUGUGUGUCCGUGGUCAGGUUUAAAGCCUAAUUAUAACAUUUUUACAACAAAUGAGCCACUGGCCUCCAAAUUCUUUGAGAAAAAGCCAUCGCCCAAGUAUACACAUAGAUGAAAAUUCAUUCUUAACCCUUUUUGUUAUCUUUAUUCCAGGUGGCAGAUACACCGAGAAGGAUGCAGGUGAACAUGGCUUCGACAAUGGUAUCAUUUGGGUCACAUGGCACAACCGCUGGUACUCCCUCAAAGAGACCACCAUGAAGCUCAUCCCACUCAGCCGUCUGACAGCAGGUGGCGGACAGCAGACUGGGGUCAAACAGUUCGGCGGACUUUCUUAAAGAGUAGACUCAAAAGCUCGUCGGCAAUCAAGUUACUCAGCACAACAGCAUUGAAACCAAGUUAAGCAAAAAUAAUGUCCCUCUAUGAGAAAUUGAGACUUCAUGAUGUGUCUUGGUGUAGUGUGUGGGUGACCUGUCCUUUAGUGUUGUUUUGAGCACAUAAUAAAUGUCUUGGCUUAACAUAUUAGGAUCUGUCAUCACUUCUUUAUGCAGUCCUGGUUUGGACUGAAUGGUGAAGAGCCUGUCUGUAAAGCAGCUGUUUUGUAAAAACAGUGUCUACACAAGAUAAAAAGCACAUUGUAAGAAGCAAAAAAACAACAAGAACAAAAUACUGCCUGAAUCAAACCUGGAAAACUUUGGUUGUAACACAAACUGUGAACAGAAAUGUGCUCCUGUAUGUGAUCGAAUGCAACACCUGAAAUAAACGCUAUCCUCCAUUAA